AUGGAUGCAAACCAGUGGCGAUCGAAGAAGAAAGUAGAAUCUCCAGCAGAAACACUCCAAGGUUCUUCUAGAAGAAUCAUCAGAGGACAGGCACGUACGGUUCCUCCAGGAAAUGGAAUUAGACCCGAGAGAGCUCGAAAAAGUCUAAACGAGAAGCUAGAAACUGUGGUCUUAAACUCUCCAAAGAAAGAUCCUCGUGUGAAUCUUUAUGGCGAUAAAGGUGUAGCAGAUGAGAUUUUCCUGAAAGAUGAAGAAAUGAGUCUUGAAACUGGAGAUUCAUCGCCUUUUUGUGGUGUCUCGGAUAAGCUUCUGCAGCGAAUGGAGCUUCUUGGGAGAGAUCAUGAGCCUAAGAACAAUCUCAGGUCAUUUGACACUAAGAAGGAGAGACAAGAAGAGUCUGACCUAAUGGAGAUGAAGAGAAAGAUUCAAGCUUUAGCCGCUGAGAACUCUCAGCUCAAGAAGUCGCUUGUGGCCAAAGAAGAGCUCGCGGUGAGCCUACAGGAGCGUAAGUUUCAGGUGGAAACAGAGUUUGAGGCGUUGAUGACAAGAUUAGACUCGACGGAGAAAGAAAAUGCGUUCUUGAGAUAUGAGUAUACAGUUCUUGAGAAGGAUCUUGAGGUGAAAACAGAGGAAACAGAGUAUACUCGCAAGUCUAUGGAGCUAACGCAUAAGCAACAGCUUAGGAACGUGAACAAGAUUGUGGAGCUUGAAGCUGAGUGCCAAAGGUUAAGACUUCUGUUUCGAAAGAAGUUUCCGGAGAAGUCUAUAUCGAUGAGGAACGAAGGCGAAGAGAGGAAGAUGGAGAUGAAGAGAAGAAACGCGAACAAGAGCGAUUUGAUGAUGAGAGAUGAGGUUCAGAGCCGGAAGCUCAAGUAUGAUCUGUUGAUGGAGCAGAUUGGGAAUGUCAGAGCAGAGAACAAGAACCUAAUGGACGUAAUCAUGAGGAAGAACAUGGAGAUUAAAGAUCUUAGCCGUGGACAGAAACCAUUAGAGGCUUCGAGUUUGGAUGUUAGAAGUGAAAGCAAUGUGAUUAGCCCUUCUGGUUGUAAGGAGAUGAAGCUACUGAUGGAUGAUUUCAAUGAGAUGGAGAAGUUAGCCAUUGUGUGUAGUGAGAAAGAUCCAAAAGAGGGUGAUGAAAAGGAAGGAUCUUUUGAUUGGAUUCAAGCUGUUUUGAGCGCUCUAACGAAGCAGCAGAGGAUAUCGAAACGCGGUGUUAAAGAACUUUUGCAAGACAUCAAGAUUGCUUUAGGAUGUAUGGAUGAUGAUGAUGGAGAGAUCAAGAAACAUGAAGGAGAUCCUCUAUGCAUCACAUGGAAGUCAGAUCCAAUGACAAAGGAUGAGAUCAAGAGACAUUUGGGUCUAACAAGAGCAGAUAAGGUGGAUGAGAGGCAAGAACUUAGAGAUAAGCUUGAGGAAUCAGAGGAGAAGAUGAGAGAGUUAGAAGCAGAGAUCAAAGCGUUAAGAGAGAGUAAAGAAACGGUGGAGGUUGAGAUGGAAACAGAGAAAUCUAUGAAGGAAGAUCUUGAUACGAAGCUAAACAUAACCAAAGCUAAGCUUGACGAGACAGAGAAGAAGUUGUCUUCUCUUGAAGUAGAACUUGAUUACAGAAAGAGCUGUUGUGAAGAACUCGAAUACUCAACGGUGAAAGAUUCAUCCUACAAAGCAGAUGAUGGUAAUAACUGUGAGGAUGAUGAUGCUGGUAAAAAUUACAAUGCCUUGAUCGUGUACGAACCAGUCAAGAAGAUGGAGAUGGUUCCAAGAAAGAAGCAAGGGUUAGGGUUCUUUAAGAAGCUGUUGUUCAGGAGGAAAAGAGUGAGCAGCAAGAAAUGUCUCGCCUUGACUAUGUGA